UUUUUCAAUUGAUAUCUGGGAUAUAAAUCCUUAUUCACAUCAUUAGCUGUGGAUGUAUUUGCCCAUUUGUUGUUAACUCUAUUUCUUGCUUUCAUAUAAGAUAUAAGCACCUUUUUCUACUAUUUGUUUCAUUUCUUUCCUUUGGCUGUUGCAGCACUUCCUUGGUGGCUUUCACUUUGGAAAUCAAUAUAUCUUAAAGUCCUGCCAGUGAGACCAUUAUGUGGAUAAAAUCUUCCACCCACCCUCUAAUGGUAUAAACAAAAUACGAAAGAGCCAACUCAUGCGUUACAGCACAGGUCCCAUAAGUUUUUGGCUUGAGGGACCCAGUCUGUAUAUUUGGAACUCAUCUCAAUCCUAUUAGUAAUUAAAAAAGGUUAGUCAAGAGAAGUUUGACUUUAUUCUGAGAUAGCUUCCACCCUACUGCUUUGGCUUGAAUGCUUGUUCCUCAGUAAAUCCGUCAUAUUAUAGUAAGUUACAUAGUCAUUCACCAGAUCAGAGAAACAAUUUAGCAGACUUCUCAAGUUAAGAGUCAUGUCUAUGCUAAAAGGAGUAAUCCGCAGUCUUGCAAAACUGAGUACAAGAGAUACUCCAGAUAAAUUCAGAUCUGCAGGAACAAAGUUGCUUCUUUCUUCAGAGGAAACAACAGAGGUUAUAUUCCUCCCAAAAGGAAGAACCUUUUGUAAUAGCACAGAUCUUUCCAAGAAUGAAGCUGAAGUUAUCAAACAUGAAAACAAAUGCAGAGAAGCUGGAAAGACAAGAAGUAACUUUGAUUUCAAAAGUUAUAUGCUUCAAAAGAUCAAAUCUGUCAAUCAAGCCUUAGAUGCUGCUGUCCCAAUCAGAGAGCCUAUCAAGUUCCAUGAAGCAAUGAGAUACUCGCUCCUUUCUGAAGGCAAGCGGUUUUGCCCUGUACUCUGCAUUGCCGCCUGUGAGCUUGUUGGUGGCCAAGAAUCAACAGCAAUGCCUGCUGCUUGUGGAAUGGAGAUGAUACAUGCUAUGUGUAUGAUGCACGACGACCUUCCCUGCAUGGACAGCGAUGAUCUCCGUCGAGGAAAGCUGUCACAUCACAAGGUUUAUGGCGAAAAUGUCACUGUUCUAGCUGGUUAUUCCCUUGUUGCCUUAGCAUUUCAGUAUAUGACAACAGCCACUAAAGGGGUACACCCAAAAACAAUGGUUCGUGCUGUUGGAGAACUAGCAAGAUUGAUAGGACCAGAGGGGGCAGCGGCUGGCCAGGUGCUUGACUUGCUAUGUGGAGGUAAAUCUGAUACUGGAUUAGAUGAGCUCGAGUAUAUUCAUCGUCACAAGACUGCAGACUUUGCAGAGGCUGCGGCUGUUGUAGGAGCAAUGCUUGGUGGUGCAUCCGAGGAGGAGAUUAAUAGACUUGGGAAAUUCUCCAAAUGUCUUGGACUGCUGUUUCAGGUUGUGGAUGACAUUCUUGAUGUGACUAAAUCCUCUGAGCAAUUAGGAAAGACAGCGGGGAAGGAUUUGUUGGCUAACAAAUUGACUUACCCAAAGAUGAUUGGCAUUGACAAGUCCAAAGAAUAUGCUCAAAAACUUAAUAAGGAGGCCAAGGAGCAGCUUGUUGGUUUUGAUCUAGAAAAGGUAGCUCCACUACUUGCUAUGGCAGAUUUCGUUCUUAAUCGGCAAAAAUGAUCUCAUUUGGAUGAUUAUGCCCAUAUUAUUUAACUUUGAUUGUGCACAUUAUUUUCAUGUAAGGACAUAGUAGAGAGCAGAGCUCUUUCAGCUCCAUGAGAUUUAUCAGGAAAUAUGAAUGCUGCUUACCUUUUUAAUGUUGUACUCGCUGGUAAAUUCAUAUGUUAAAAUCCCAUAUGUAGCACUGUGGAUGUUAGUU